CUUUUCUCCUUUGGCAGCCCUCUCGCCGCAGCCCCCGUUCGGAGCCAGCUUCCCCGUGUACUCUACUCCUUCCCCUCGGCCGCUUGGCAAGAUGCUCUGGCCAAACAUCGUGUCAACAACGCGGUUGAUAUUCCAACGCCGGUAUCGCGCUUUUCUCACCCAGGCAAUCGUCGCAAUCAUCAUCGUGGCCUUCGUGCUGAACUCCUACGGCCCAUCGAUACGAGACUUUACCGCCACACCACAAGAGCAGGACGUGGGGAUUCCGGGCAGCUACACCGGGGAGAGUUUGCUCGCUCCCAAGCCAGACCCGGAGCAGUCUACAGGAGAAGACUAUAACGACAAGCCCGAGUCGAACUUGGAGGAGAGCUUCCUGCAGGAAUUCUCUCGUCAAGAAAUCACUGGCGAUCCCACCGACGCCGGCCUCGACACACUGUGCAAUCAGGGGAGCAGAGUGUGGAAUCCCAAUGUCAUCAUCGAGUGCCCCCUACUCGAUGGAGGCUUUGGCAAUGGUCGCCUGAACCUCUUGCAGUGUCUUCGUUAUGUCAUUGAGGCCAAAGUGUCCAUCAAGCUGCCACGCAUCGCCCGCCGAAACGCCAACGACGUGACCGACUUCCGGACCAGCGAUCACGUGGAACUCGACUACUUGAUCGAUGACAGGCGUUUCCUGCAGAUUCUGGGGAACCACUGUCCCAACCUCGUCGUUCACCCUGCGGGCUACGACGACGCGCGGAUCCGCCAUCUGCCCAUCAUAAACCCCCUCAACGAUCUGCAACUCGAAAGCUUCAGCGAAGAGAACAUGCCCCCCAUUUUCGCCGUGCCUACGCAUCCCGAACUAUGGCCGGCGGCCCUGGACAAGUGGCUGGAGUCUGCGACAGAGGGCAAGCCGCCGUCGGCCGAGUCGCCGGUGCUCCUCGGGCUUCACUCCAUCAUGUUCCUCUGGCCGACGUCGCACGACCCGCCCUCGGUGGUGCGCCACUUCAGCGAGCUCGUCCGCCCGCGGGACGAGGUCAGGCUCCUCGCGGCCGCGGCGCUCCAGCGGAUGCAGCAGCAGUUCAACGUGCACAUCGGCUUCCGGACCAGCGACGAGCCCAGGGCCCGCGACAACGCCUUCAUCGGCGUCCACCUGCGCGUCGAGAAGGACUCGAUCGACUACAAGUGGAUCUCGUACGAGGACCAGUUCAACUACCUCGACCAGCGGCUGCGGGAGCGCAAGGGCAACGCCACGCACCCCCCCGACAAGACCCUGCCGGACACGGAGAAGACGGUUCUCUACGUCGCGAGCGGCGACGCUGACGGCAUCGCCCGCUUCGCCAAAGACGUGGCGCCCAUCACCGUCGUGACCAAGAACGACCUGCUGCCCGAGGGCACCUUCGCCGGCGCCUCGCUGCGCAACAUGACCUGGGACCAGCAGGCGCUCGUGGACAUGCUGAUCCUCGAGCACUCGGGCUACUUCAUCGGCGUCCGCGACUCGACUUUCUCGUGGCACCUGGCGCUGCGGCGGGCGGCGGCCGUGAACUGGAUCACCGGCGGGUACCCCGCCGACUGCUGGCAGGGCGACGAGGGCACGAAAGACAGGAAGAGGAUCGGGUGCAAAUCAAUGCUGGCGGAGAACGAGGAGUGGCGCGACAAUCUAAGUGCCCUCGUGGGCAACGGUCAUUAUAGGCUAGAGCCGCAGGUUAUGAGGACGUCUUGGCCCUGAGGCUGGGAGAUAAAGAGAGAGAGAGAAAGAGAGAGUGUGUGUGUGGCAAUAAUCUGGUAGACCAUAUU